UAUGUAAAGUCAAUGUAAAGUACACACCAAUGGCAUCAACAAUGUGUUUGCACUAAAUAUAUGCAAUUGAAAUACAAUACUAUUAUUGCAUUGAUUGCAACAAAACAUAAAGUUUUAUAUCAACAACACAUGUGUUUACCAAUCAUUACAUGAGUGAAGAAGUUCACAGUUGUUUACAUUAUUGUUAUCACCGAUUAUUUGACUACUAGUGGACAACAAAGCCGGCAUAAAAUAUGGCCUCACGAGUGCUACACAUGAGUCGAUUGAUGUCCAAAUUAAGACACGAAUCGUCGACAUUGUUGUACCGCAACUCAUACAUCGGUUCAAGACAUUCAUUAAAUGUCCGCACAUUGUCUUCAUUAUGUUAUCACCGACCGAGAGGUCAUCAUUUAGGACACACUAAUCGUACUGUUUUAGGUGGCAAUGCGCCGACAAUUACCGUAACACAAGUACGACACAAAUCAUCGGACAAUAAUAGCUCGCCCGACGACAAACCGGACGCUCAGACAUCGGUCGAGGAGGAGAUGAAUCAAGAAUUGGAUCGACUCAUUGAAAACAACGAACGAUCGUCAUCGUUGGCCGCCAUUACAGUACCCGAAGAGUGGCCCGAAGUACCUGUUAUUGCCAUUAACAGGAAUCCCGUGUUUCCGCGUUUCAUCAAAAUCAUUGAAAUAACAAAUCCCUAUCUCAUGGAAAGUAUCCGACGUAUUGUUAAACUGAAUCAUCCGUUUGUCGGCAUUUUUAUGACCAAAGACUCGACCAAAGAUCAGGAAGUGGUCGACAAAUUGGACGACUUAUAUCCUGUUGGUUCGUUUGCACAAAUUCACGAAAUGCAAGACUUGGGCACAAAGUUAAGAAUUAUAAUGAUGUCUCACCGGAGGAUUAAAAUUGUUAAACAGAUAUUACAAGAAGUGGAGAAACCACCGACGGAACCGUCGCCUCCGACGUCAACGAAAUCUGUUCGCAAAUCGCUACGCAAACGCCGGGUUGUUGUUGUCAACGAUAAUAACAAAGAAGUGGAGAAAGAGGUGACAACUAAUGGCGAUAUUAUUGUCAAAGGAGAUCCGAUUAUUAUGGUUGAAGUGGAAAACUUAAAAGACGAUCCAUUGAUUGUAAACGAAGAGGUCAAAGCACUGACCCAAGAAAUUGUCAAAACAAUUAGAGAUAUUAUUACAUUGAAUCCACUCUAUCGCGAAUCAAUACUUCAGAUGAUUCAAACUGGUCAGCGAGUCAUUGAUAAUCCAAGUUUUUUGUCCGAUUUGGGCGCUUCACUGACGGCCGCCGAACCUCAAGAAUUACAAGAAGUUCUCAAUGAAACAGAUGUUUCCAAACGAUUGUAUUUAUCGUUGAAUUUAUUGAAAAAAGAAUACGAAUUGAGUAAAUUGCAGCACAAGAUUGGCAGAGAUGUCGAAGAAAAAGUCAAACAACAGCACCGAAAGUAUAUGCUUCACGAACAGCUCAAAGCUAUUAAAAAAGAAUUGGGAAUCGAAAAGGACGACAAGGAUGCCAUCGAAGAAAAGUUUAAACAAAAAAUCAAAGAACUAACAGUUCCCGAACAUGUUAUGGAAGUGAUUAACGAAGAAUUGAAUAAAUUGUCAUUUUUGGACAACCAUUCGUCUGAGUUCAGUGUUACCCGUAAUUACUUGGAUUGGCUGACAUCGUUGCCGUGGGGUCUGUCGACUAUUGAAAACUUGGAUAUUGCAAAAGCCAGACAUGUGCUCGACGAAGAUCAUUACGGUAUGGAAGACGUCAAGAAACGGAUACUCGAGUUCAUAGCUGUUAGUCAAUUGAAGGGCACCACUCAGGGAAAGAUACUGUGUUUUUAUGGACCGCCCGGAGUCGGUAAGACUAGUAUUGCAAAAUCAAUAGCAAAGGCAAUCAAUAGAGAGUAUUUUAGGUUCAGUGUUGGAGGUAUGACAGAUGUAGCAGAGAUUAAAGGUCAUAGACGUACAUAUGUUGGCGCAAUGCCCGGCAAAAUCAUACAGUGCUUGAAGAAAACAAAAAGCGAAAAUCCGUUGGUAUUGAUCGACGAAGUGGACAAAAUAGGACGCGGCUAUCAGGGCGACCCGGCGGCCGCUUUACUCGAACUACUAGAUCCCGAACAAAAUGCCAACUUUUUAGACCAUUAUCUGGAUGUCAACGUUGACUUGUCGAAGAUAUUGUUUAUUUGUACGGCCAAUACAACUGAUACGAUACCCGAACCGCUGAAAGAUCGUAUGGAAAUGAUUGAAGUGUCCGGUUAUGUGGCCGAAGAAAAGAUAUCCAUUGCUGAAAAAUAUCUCAUACCUCAAGCCCACAACAUCACUGGUCUCAACAAUGAAAGGAUUUCUAUAACUGCCAAUGCAUUGCAAACAGUAAUCAAAUCUUAUUGUCGGGAAAGUGGUGUCAGAAAUCUCCAGAAACACAUCGAAAAGAUAAUGAGGAAGUGUGCCCUUCAAAUUGUCGAUAAAGUAGCCGAUAAUGUCAUUGUCGACGUCAGUAAUCUUCAGGAUUUUGUUGGAAAGCCUAUCUUCACACAGGAUAGACUCUAUUCGGAAACACCGCCCGGCGUUGUCAUGGGUUUGGCGUGGACUGCAAUGGGCGGAUCGACACUGUUCAUUGAAACGGCAAAAUUGAAACGAAUGACACCGAAAAAAUCUGAUGUCGACAUCGAACCGGACGGUGCUCUCCAGUUGACCGGUCAUUUGGGAGACGUAAUGAAAGAGAGCGCCCGAAUUGCCUAUUCGUUUGCCAAAUCGUUUCUAUUGGAAUUGGAUUCGACUAAUAGUUUUCUACAGUCGACUAGUCUGCAUCUGCAUGUUCCCGAAGGUGCCACACCCAAGGAUGGUCCCAGUGCUGGCUGUACAAUGGUUACGGCACUGAUGUCGCUGGCACUACAUAAACCAGUCCGACAAAACUUUGCAAUGACUGGCGAACUAUCGCUGACCGGCAAAAUACUACCCGUUGGCGGUAUCAAAGAGAAGAUAAUCGCAGCCAAACGGGUGGGCGUCGACUGUAUUUGUUUGCCCGAAGAAAACAAAAAAGAUUUUUCCGAUUUACCCGAUUUCAUUAGGAAUGGACUUACCGUUCAUUUUUGUAAUCAUUAUAAAGAUGUUUACGAAAUUGCAUUCAAUUAUUGA